UGGGCUACUAAUACAUUUAAUGCUGGAUAUGGUGUGAGCUUGAAUCUUGAUGGUAAUGGUCACCUAUAUUUGUUAAAUGAUACCGGGUUCAACAUCAAAAGUAUUAAUACGAACUACGUUAAUGCCUCGGGUAAGUCCGUGUAUCGUGCAACAAUUGAUACGGAUGGUAUAUUUCGAUUGUACUCACAUAGUUCUAACCGAUUUAAUGAUUGGUACACCGAAUGGUCAUCCUCUAAUUAUAGAUGCGAUCCUUUAGGUUUCUGCGGCGAGAAUAGUUAUUGUGUUAUGAUGGAUGGGAAACCCGUUUGUCAAUGUCCUCCUCAUUUCAAUUUUAUCAACGAGAAGCGAAAGGAAUUGGGUUGCCAAAAGAACUAUAGUUUAGUUGCUUGUGACACAAGAAAUGGCCGAACUUUUGAUUUUCUUGAGGUGAACGGUGUGUCUUGAAAAGAUGAUGCGUAUUCAAGUCUCUCGUCGAUGGCAAAGAACAGUUGUAGAGCCGAGUGUUAUCAAGAUUGUCGUUGCGAAGCUGUUGUCUUCGAGAACGAGGUGUGUAAAAUGAUGAAGUUGCCGUUACGGUUUGGGAGGAGAGUAUUAAGUGGUCAAGUUACUGCAUUUUUGAUUGGUGGAGAACUUGCUGGUGUUGGGACAAGGAAAAAGAAAAGGAAGCUAAGAAUGGAUAUGUUAAUCAUUAGUAUUGCCAUGGCCUGCUUGACGCUUGGGUUUCUAGUUGUAGCAACGAUUGGCGUUCGAAAGCAUCGUGCUCAUGUUCGAAAAUACAAGCGUGUUUUGGGUUUGGUAAACAAUCGAGUUGCUGAAGAUGUUGCCUUGAAAUCAUUUUCCUUCGAGGAGCUUAAAGAUGCAACCAACAAUUUUGUGGACGUGAUCGGUAAAGGAGCUUACGGGACGGUUUUCAAAGGGGUGCUAUUCGAUGGCGAAAGAACAGUAGCCAUCAAGAGACUGGAAAAAGUGGUGGCCGAAGGUGAAAGAGAUUUCCUGAAUGAAAUGAAAGCCAUCGGGAAAACACAUCACAAGAACCUCAUUCGAUUGCUCGGUUAUUGCUACAACGGGACUAAUAGGCUUCUGGUUUACGAGUACAUGAAAAACGGUUCUCUUGCAGAUUUUCUUUUCAAAUCGAACUUAAAGGUAAAUUGGGAAGGAAGAGUCGAAAUAGUAUUGAGUAUAGCGAGAGGAAUUUGUUACUUGCAUGAAGAAUGCGAGACUCAGAUUAUCCAUUGCGAUAUCAAACCCGAAAACAUCCUAAUGGACGACAAAGGGUACGCGAAAAUUGCAGAUUUCGGAUUAGCCAAGCUAUUGAUGCCCAACCAAUCUCGGACAUACACUGAAAUCCGAGGGACGAGGGGAUACGUUGCCCCAGAGUGGCAUCAAAACUUACCAAUAACUGUGAAAGCCGAUGUUUAUAGCUUCGGAAUAAUGCUGUUCGAGAUCAUUUGUUGUAGAAGGAGUCUGAAAAUGGAUGUUCCGGAAAACGAACAAGUUCUUGCAUAUUGGGUACAUGAUUGUUUCAAGGCUAAUGAAGUGGAGAAGCUGGUGCAAAAUGAUGAAUUAGUGGAGAAGAGUAAAUUGGAGAAGAUGGUUAAGGUCGGAUUAUGGUGCACCCAAGAUGAAGCAUCGUCUCGACCGUCGAUUAAAAGGGUUAUCUUGAUGCUAGAAGGGACGGCUAAUAUACCCGAUUCUCCACUCCUUAGCUCCUUUGUUAGUUCUCCUUGUUUGUGUCAAGGAUUAAGUUUAGAUUUUGAGUAUUCAAUUUAUUGA